GGGGAGAGACCAGCUCGGACCCCCUGGAAGUGGUCUCUCAGCGACACGCCCCACCGACACCGACGCCCUCCCCGGCCUCUGGGAGACACAGCAUGAGCACUGAGAGCAUGAUCCGCGACGUGGAGCUGGCGGAGGAGGCGCUCCCCAAGAAGGCAGGGGGCCCCCAGGGCUCCAGACGGUGCUUGUGCAUCAGCCUCUUCUCCUUCCUCCUCGUGGCAGGAGCCACCACACUCUUCUGCCUGCUGCACUUGGGGGUGAUCGGCCCCCAGAGGGAAGAGCAGUUCCCGAUGGGCAGCCUCCCACUGGCCCAGACCCUCGGAUUAUCUUCUCGAACCCCAGGUGACAAGCCUGUGGCCCAUGUUGUAGCAAACCAGCAAACUGUGGGGCAGCUGCAGUGGCAGAGCAAGGUGGCCAACGCGCUCCUGGCCAAUGGUGUCAACCUGACGGACAACCAGCUGGUGGUGCCAUUGAGUGGGCUGUACCUGAUCUACUCCCAGGUCCUCUUCAAGGGCAGAGGCUGCCCUCACGGCCCCCUGCUGCUCACCCACAUCGUCAGCCGCUUUGCCGUCUCCUACAAGGAGAAGAUCAACCUCCUCUAUGCCAUCAAGAGCCCCUGCCAGCGGGAGAGCCCAGAGGGGACGGAGGCCAUGCCCUGGUACGAGCCCAUCUACCUGGGGGGAGUCUUCCAGCUGGACAAGGGCGAUCGGCUCAGUGCCGAGAUCAACCUGCCCGACUAUCUCGAUUUUUCCGAGUCCGGGCAGGUCUACUUUGGGAUCGUUGCCCUGUGAGAGAGCAGGAGGUCCAUUCUCGUCCACCUCAGUGCCUGUGUCACCCACUCCUUCAGACCACUCCAUCCCCUUCUGGGUCAGAAAGGGGAUUAGGGGCUCAGGGCUGGGCUCCGAGCGGAAGACUUUAAACAGCACUCAGAAACUGUGCACUGUGGUGUGGCCUGGACCACGGGGCACCGGCCGCUGCCAAGCACUCAGAAUGCAGGUUUGGGUGCCUGGACGCAGCCUGGGACCCCUGGGCUGGGGCCUGGGAAGCUCUCGUUCUGGCCAGACCCCUCAGAGCACCCCGAGAAGAUCUGACCUACAAACUGGCUGAGUGGCCUCAGGCCCUUCUCUCUUCAAAUGUUCCGGGAAGCUUCCCAGGGGGCCAGCUCCUCUAUUUAUGUUUGCACUUGUGAUUAUUUAUUAUUAUUUAUUAUUUAUUUAUUUGCUAAUAAGAGUAUUUAUUCGGGAGGUCAGGUGUCCAGGGAGACCCAACGCGAGGGCUGCCUGGGCUCAGACGUGUUUUCCGUGAAAAUGGAGCUGAACUCUAGGCUCUUCCCACCUGGCCUCCUGGUCUCGUGUCUCCCUUUGCUUGUGUUUUUAAGAACAUCGAUCUGAUGAAGGUGUCUAAAUAAUGUUGAUUUAGUGACUGACUGUCGCUACAUCGCUGAACCUCUGCUCCCCAGGGGAGCUGUGCCUGUAACCGCCCUACUGGUCAGUGGCGAGAAAUAAAGUGUGCUUAGAAAAGCAA